AUGGCUUCGCAGAAAGUCUACUCUUACAUAGCAGCCGGCUCAGUCCUCUUGAUCUCUAUCCUCGUACUGCGCCGUAAGAAGGCAGCGAAGGAGCAGCAGCCUCCUGCACCACCAAAGCCGCACCCGUUGGCAAACACACCACCUGAGAAACUCCCUCAAUACAUUCAGGAACUCCUUGCAGCAGUUCCUGGCUGCGUUGUUCUCCAGAGCGAUGUCGAGGCUUUCCAAAAGGCUGUAGAUUAUAGCUGGGCCCAGCAGAACCGCGAGAUCAUCCCCGCGUGCGUCCUGCUCCCGCAAGACACGCAUGAGCUCAGCAAGAUUGUUGUAAUUCUGAAGAAGGAACACGAGAAACGCAAUCUGGCUGGGUCACCGGUUGAGAGCUUUUUUUCGAUCAGGAGUGGUGGCGUCAAUCCAGGCCUUGGGGCGUCAACCGUGAAGGAUGGCGCUGUGAUUGACCUCAGCCUGUUUUCUGAAAUUAUUCCCGCUCCUGAUGGAGUUACUGUAACUCUUGGAACAGGUUCCAAGUGGAUUGAUGUUUACAAAACUCUGGAUGAGAAAGGGUUGACUGUGAUGGGAGGAAGAAACGCACCCGUUGGUGUAGGUGGGUUGACCUUGCAAGGAGGCAUAUCGUUCUACUCUCCCAAAUAUGGCUUUGUCUGCUCCAACUGCGUGAGUUAUGAGGUUGUGCUCGCCGACGGCAAAGUUGUUACAGCGUCUGCCUCAGAAAACCCUGACUUAUGGAGGGUGUUAAAGGGAGGCGGAAACAACUUUGGCAUUGUAACUCGAUUCACACUCCGCAGCUUCCCUUCUGCACCUUUGUGGACUUCGGGAAUAGUGACACUGGCCGCUUUUCAGUAUGAAAAGUCACUGAAAGCCUAUCAUGACUACCUUGCUCACACGAGUUCUGGCAAGCCCGGCGCAUUUGAUGAGGACGCUGCUGGUCCGAUCCUCAGUUUUAUCUAUAUACAGAAACUUGGCUUUCAGAUCCUUGCACUUUCAAUCCUGUAUACCAAGGUUCCAGAAAGCAAGAAGUGGCCGGCUCACUGGGAUGCAUCGGGCUUUAAAUCGCUGCGAGGCAUCCAUAAAGACCGAGUGGAGACCAACACCAGCGUUGUCGAAAGAUUUGGUAGUACUGCACCAGCUGGAACCCGUCACGUACAAGGGACGACGACUAUCCGCAAUGAUCUUGAAACUAUAAAGAAUGCUUACGCUAUUUUCUGUGAGACUACAACUGAACUACGCCGCGUGGAUGGACUUGUAUUUCCGUUUAUCUUCCAGGCAAUCUUGCCAAGAUGGAUGAACAAGGGAGACCCAAAUAUCUUUGGCCUUGAAAAAUGUACUGAGCCAUUGAUCAUCAUCAGUUAUUCCGUCACAUGGACUAAAGCCGAAGACGACGAGUUCGUUCGAUCGACUAUCCGGCGCAGUAUAGAAAGGAUAGAGGCAGCCGCAGAAGCGAGGAAGACGGGUCACCAGUACCGCUUCAUUAAUUACUGCAUGGAAUGGCAGCGGCCAUAUGAAGGCUGCGGCGAAGAAAACCUCAAACUCAUGCACGAGGCGAGCCACCGGUAUGACCCGACUGGGCUGUUCCAAAGCGGGCGUGCUGGUGGGUUCAAGCUAGACAUCUAG